GCCAGAAGGUGCAUAUAGAGAACCAGAACCAAAUCGAGAACCAAAUCAGAUGCUGAACCAAAUCCAGAUACAAUGUCAUAUCCAGAGACAAAUCCAAAAUCCAAGCCAGAGAUGUAAUUAGCAGCAGCUAUUGCUUCAGCGAUGUUCGGUUUCCUGUCAUCUAAAUCAGAGAAACCUGCAAGUGGGGCUUCCACAAAUUCAGGUGAAAACUCGAACAUCCCAGCAAGAACGGAUGAAGACCUGAAAGCAGCUCAGGCGCUGGUGAAACGACGCCCCAGUCUGCAGGAGAUUUUCGCCACUUUUGACAGCACGGCAAUCAAGCUGAGUGGAGUGGGUGAUGUACUGGACUCGCAGGUGAACUGGGACGAGGAGCUGGCAAACAGUCUGGAGUUGCCGUAUUUCGAGGAAUCGGGAGAGAGACCGACGCUGGGAGACUACCUGGCCAGGAUCAGCAUGCCACAGCUGUUGUACGAGUUGUAUGCCAAGCUAAUGAAGUCAAUGAACAUGGAAUACUGGACGGAACAGAUGCUGAGCGAGCGGUCUGAUAUGCCACAGACGUCGAUUAUUUUCCGCAUCCGAUACCUGCUGGCGAACUAUUCGGGUGCCAGCCUCCUGUUCGGGCAACAGCUGACGGCGUCGGGGAUAUUCAAGUAUUACACAAAGGAUCUGCAAGCCAUGGAGACCGAUAUUCCCGACAUUACAGAGAGCAACAGCAUCUUUGAAUCUUCUAUGGGAGCUAUUCACAACUGCUCCAUCAACCCAGCCAAUCACCAACAGUUUCACAAACUCAGAGUGGUCAACCACAUUGUGCCAUACCUCAAAUGUCACUCAGGAAAGGUGAAGAUGAUGGUGCUUCUAACCUUGGUGUUCGUAAUCGACGAUGAGGAGAACCCUAUUUUUCUGGCCAACAAAACGAUUUUCCGGUUUCUUGUCCAGUAUCUGAUCAGCGCCUGGAAGUCUCCCGACCAUCAGUAUGACGGGUUUUCGGUCGACAACCUCCUGUCGGGUAUGCUGGGAUUGGCGAAGAACGACGAGAACAAGAGAGAGUUGCUGGCCAUUGGCACACUGCACAUCCUGAAGGUCAUCCUUAAAUCGGGGUCAGUGGUGGAAAAACGACCUGCGAUUGAGUGCCUUUGGGAACUCUCCUUCAGCAAGGAAAACCGAAUCAUCAUUCUGGCAAACCACGAAGUGAUGGAGUUACUGAUGUCUCUAGGCAGAUCGGAUAACAAGAUGAUUGCGAAGGCAGCAAGCAGUGCAUACUGGGUGCUACAAGCGGAGGAGCGUGAGAGACAGCUGGCAGAGGAGGGUAUCAAACUAGAGAAGAAACCCACAGGUCACAUCAUGAUCAGCUAUGCCUGGUCGGAUCUAAAUAAAGUCAUACAGAUCAAGGAACAGCUGUAUAAAUCAAACUACGACGUGUGGUUGAACAUUGACAAUGUGCUUGGAACCACCCUGCAGGCCGUAAUAGAGGCAAUAGACAAAUCUUCUGUUUUUCUCAUGUGUAUGUCAAAUAACUACAAGCAGAGUCAGAACUGCAGGACUGAGGCCGAGUAUGCCUUCUCAAUAAAGAAGGACAUUGUUGCCGUGGUGAUGGAGCGUGGCUACCAUGCGGAGGGCUGGCUGCAGACGAUCAAGGGCGACCACCUGUUCUUUGACCUGAGCGGCAAGUACCCAUUUGAGACAAAGAUGAGGCAGCUGAUUCGAGAGCUGGGCGCGCGAGGCAAGAUUCGGAAAGAACAGCAGCAGCAGCCAGCUACAACCAUGGCAGAAGCCACAGCCACAACCACGGCAGAAGCCACAGCGACAGAUACAACCACAGCAGCAGAAGCCUCAACACAUGCGAGGUUUCAAAGACCUGUAGCGGAUAUUGGUGGCCACGCUUCAUGUUCCAUGUGGUCCAGCAAGGAUGUCCUUAACUGGCUGGCCAAAAACAACAUGAGAGACAACACAGUUCUUCGAAGUCUGACUGGCAAGCAGCUCGCCUUUCUACAGGAACUGUCGACCAGGGCUCCAGAAUUCUAUUUUAAUUAUAUUGAGAGGAAUUUUGGGCUGAACAGUUUAGAAGAACUGAUGAAGUUUUCAAAAGCUGUGGACAAUCUAUAACAACACAGUUUUUGAUAGUCUGCCGGCGGCCUGAAAACAAACCUAUGCUGAGUGGUACUUAGAUAUCUCAAGAAACUUCAAAGAAAAAGCUGUGGACAAUCUAUAACAACAUAGUUUUUGAUAGUCUGCUGGCGGCUUGAAAACAAACCUAUGCUGAGUUGUACUUAGAUAUCUCAAGAAACUUCAAAGAAAAAACUGUGCAAGAUCAUACCAAAAAUAUUGAAUUUGUAAAACAUUUACAAAACCGUGCAUAACUUAAAGUAGUUUGCAUUAUGUAUAUGGUUGAAAUAAAUAUUGACGUAAUAAUAAUAACCUUAUUGAUAUACUUGUAACAAACACACACAGGGCUACAUGUAGCUCUGCCACUCGCCAAAUUCGCCAAUUGCGAAUUUUAAAAACAAUUGGCGAAUUUUAUUGUAAUCUGGCGAAAAAAUUACAUGUAAUAAUUGAUAUAUUGUUAGAUAAUAACUCAGUUUCUGCUAUUUUUGAAGUUAUAAUUUGGCGAAAUUGAAUGUUCACCGAGAGCUAGUCCUGAACUCAUGCAGCUAUAAUUACCAAAUGUUUGACAUUCAUCAGCCGAUGAUUAUUAAAUCAAUGUGCUCUGGUGGUGGUGUUAAACAAAACACGAAUUAUCAUGUGGAUCAGUUGUGAUCCAUUCACCUAAGUGCAGGCACGUGGUUGAGGGAUUCUUGACAAUAGAUAUAUUAUUACUAUUUGACCUGUAAAGAGAAUCGUUCACAAACUCACUGGAUAGUUUCAGAAAGUUACAUAUAUACUUGGUUAAUAAAUACCCGUUUUGUAGGAAGUCAUCUGUUACAAACAUUUCACUACAAUAAUUAAAUUUAUUCUUAUAUAUAUAUAUAGCAUUAAAAAGAAACCUAAUACAAUAAUGUUUUUUUCUCAGCAUAAAACAGUCCUCAAGUUUAUAUAUAUAGUGUUUUAAAAAAUGUACAAUGAUGAUUUGUUUCCUGUUUCAUAGCAUGAAGCAAGUCUCUCGUCAGUUUAAAAUAAUAAUUAAGACUCCCAAGUGUGUGUCCAUGGUGUAGCAGUAGGAGUGCCCAUCCCUCCUCCCCCUCACCUCUCCACUAUCCAUUGACCAUCAAUGUACCCUGAAAAUAAUGUAUAAUAUUAUAAUCAGUUGGGGUUUUUUAAAACUGUUAUUAAAAAUUACAGUCCCCUAUUUAUCCAGUAAAAUAAAUCAUGUAUGCUUACAGAAGGAUCAUCAUCGAUCACUCAAUUGUUUCAUUGUGCACUUCAUUAUUAGUUCCCGGCCUACCAGUCCAACCAGAGGGAACUAUAGGUUUUGUCUCUGUUCUUCUGUCUGUCUUUCUGUCUAUCUGUCCUUCCAUCUGUCUGUCCCACAUAUAAUUUUCUGGACCUUUUUUUAACAAUGCGUUGAAGAUGCGGAGCUGAAAUUUUGUAUGUACCUUUAUUGUGUACUGUUACAAAUCAAAUUUGACUUUUAUGGUAAUUGUUUUUCCAUUUUUCACAGUUAUGUUCCUUGAUCUUAGGAGAUAAGAAAAUGUGCUGGGCCUGGUAGUGUACAUGAAUUGAUUUAGCAGUACUCAGAAUGCUUGUUAAACCUUUAUAAAUGUAUCUGUAUGACGACAAAUUGUCAGCGGUCUCUUGGAUAAACAGUGGUAGCUUAAACUAAGUUUGAUGUUGCAUUUUGUCAUUUGCAAAGGGUCAAGUCUACAAAUGGUGUAUCUUGCAGAAGAUUAUUAAUGACUAUAAUAUCUGCCAUGUUUUAUAAACAUUUGUACCAAGUGCAAAAGUGUGAUCAUAUUUAUCUUAUAAAGCAAUAAUGAUGUAGAUCAAGUGUUUAAUGGAUUUGAUCAAAUUCCAUUUCAUGUUUGUUUGUGACUUCGGUAAUAAAUACUAGUAAUUUGAUCAUUUGGUAGGUGAAACAUUUUCCACCUCGGUGCAAAUCUUGUUCAGUUUUGUUUUACUAUGUUAUGUGUUAUUGUAAUAUAGACAACAUAUCAUGUUAGAUGUAUCUAUAUGUUUACCUAAGGUGCAAUAUGUUAAUAUUUUAUACUAGUAUGUUUGAUGUCAUUUGAUCAUGCCAGUGUCUAAUUCUGUUAUUAAGAAAUAAAUAUACAUACAACACUUGAAGUAUGUUUACCUAAGGUGCAAUAUGUUAAUAUAUUUUAAUAUGUUUGAUGUCAUUUGAUCAUGCCAAUGUCUAAUUCUGUGAUCAAGAAAUAAAUAUGUAUACAAUAUAUAUAUAUAUAUAAUCGUAUACAUACAACACUU